AUGAGAGCGGCGAGUGCCUUUUUGGCAUGUUUAGUGGCGAUUUGCUCUGCCUCGCGUGACUACUCGGGCUACAAGGUGUGCAGGUUCCACACUAACAACGUUACGGAAGUCAAGACAAAGAUCGGCCAAUAUCACGCUGGCUCGAUAGAUAUCUGGACUCGAAGCUCCCAGUUUGUGGAUGUGCAACUUCCUGGUGAUGUGGCGGAUCAUCUUAAAGAGUGCGAAGUGAUCAUAGAUGACCUGAACAAAACGGUCAAAGAGACCUACCCAGUAGAUCAGCUCGAGGGCGCUGAAAAGCUGCAGAUUUUCCAGCAGUCGCCGCAACUUAACGAGCCUGCUCCUGUUACCAUGAAGAGACAAGAUAUCUUUUUCGACCAAUUUAGAGACCUCGACACCAUUUACGCGUGGUUGGAUUUGAUGCAAUUGACUUUCCCAGAGCUUGUGAAAAUUGAGUUGGUCGGUCAAACAUUCGAGGGCCGCGAAAUGAAAGCACUACACAUCAGCGCAGGGAACCACAACCUCAAUCCAGACAAGAAAACUAUCAUAAUCACAGGUGGUAUCCACGCUCGAGAAUGGGUGGGCGUCAGCACUGCAUGUUACUUUAUUUAUCAGCUGCUUACAGGCUAUGGGACCAACAAAAAGGAAACUAAAUACUUAAACCACCUGGACUUCCUUAUUGUACCGGUUUUUAACCCGGACGGAUACGUGUACACGUGGAGUCAUGACCGCCUGUGGCGUAAGAACCGCCAGCAAACGUACUUCCCGCGUUGCUUUGGAAUUGACAUCGACCACUCCUUUGAUUUCCAUUGGACAGGAACGCAAGAUUUCCCUUGCAGCGAAGACUAUAGCGGGGAGUCGCCUUUUGAGGCCUUAGAGUCUGAGUCGUGGAACAACUACAUCAACGAGUCAAAGAGUGAAUACACUAUUCAUGGUUACCUGGAUCUACACUCGUACUCUCAAGAAGUUCUGUACCCAUACGCUUAUUCUUGCGAUGCGCUGCCUAGGGACUUUGAAAAUCUGUUAGAACUAUCCUGGGGGUUAGCAAAAGCUAUAAGAAGGAAAUCGGGCAAGAAAUACAAUGUUCUCUCUUCAUGCGAGGAUAGGGGAUCCGACUUGAAGCCUGGUCUUGGGUCCGGAUCAGCAUUAGACUACAUGUACCAUCACAGAGCCCAUUGGGGAAUACAGUUAAAGCUACGGGACACUGGGAACCAUGGAUUUUUGUUGCCGCCAAAAUACAUUGUCCCAGUAGGCAAAGAAAGCUAUGCAGCUUUGAAGUAUUUCUGUGACUUUAUAUUAAAUCCGGAGCUGUGA